AUGAGCCACUCGCAGCCACUCGAUAGCCACUCGCACGUUCCGGACAUUCCGGACAUCCCGGAUCCGAGCCCCCACCUACGACAGCUUCUCGGACUCGGUCCUGACGAGGAAGUCAACCUCUAUGCUCUUCCUGACCCACCGCCGGGUGAGAGACCCAACUAUCCACUUCCUACGUUGAUCAAGCUCGCCAUCUUUGGGAGCCCCAGGAAGCGCUUGACGCUUCAGGAGAUCUACGCUGCGCUGCAGGAAAGGUUUGAAUGGUUCAGGGACAACGUUCAUGACAAGUCAUGGCAGAAUUCCAUACGCCACAACCUGUCCUUGAAUUUGUGCUUCCGUAAAGUGUUCAAGCCGGCCACGGAACCGGGCAAGGGCUACUAUUGGAUGGUCGACUAUUCGAACGGCGAGGGUAACAAGCGUCCCCGUAAACGC